ACCUCCGAUGCGCAAAGCUUCAAGUACGUCAAUCCAGAACAAAAUCUACGGCCCGCCCACAUUUCGCGAGCACGCGCAACCAGCCACGACCAUCUCCGUCCUCCACCUAGAUACCCUCACGAUACACACCGGCGCAGUCUCGCGAUCACAUAUACACGCGAGAAGAAAAGAUGGAUUCUCUAGGUGGUGGCGGUUUCGGCAAUGCCGACUUGAGCAAGCUGUCCGACCGCGACAAGCAGGAACUCCAGCAGUUCGCCAUGAAUGAGGGACAGAAGGCUAGGAUUCAAUCUUCGAUACACUCCCUCACCGACACAUGUUUCCGUAAAUGCAUCCCCGCGGGUACCGUCAAGGCCGGCAAACUGGACAAAUACGAGGAGCCGUGCAUGAGGCAGUGUGUGGAUCGGUUUUUGGACGCGAAUAUGGUUGUGCUGAGGGAGUUGGAGAGGCUGAGGGGAUAGAGGGCUAUAGUAAGAGAGGGGGAACGGGUGGAGUUGGAUUGAGACGGGUGAUGAGAGAGGAUGUGUAUGAUAACAAGACUUGAUGAUCUGUACAACACUGUAUGGCGGGAAGUGUCGGGUGCAUAGCAUUGGGAAUGAAGACAUGAGAUGUCUGGAAUACCCAUAGCCAGGGAUCACAAUAUUUUUUGAACGGCAUGGCUGUCAACAAUGGCCGGCAAGCCAUCUUUGUGUCCAAAAGUUCGAUCUGCAACCCAAAUACACGCACCAAAAGUCACGACGAAUAUGUCACGAAUUGAAGAUAGUAGACUGAUUGAG